AUGACAGCAAUGUCUCCUAUCGCCAUUGGAGAAGCAAGCGCAUCGCCCUCAGCCGAGAGCCCAGACGGACACUCGACCACAAAGCGGAAGAACGAGGAGCGCCCGCCGCAGACCCGGACCAAACGCAACCGGUAUACCUCAAUCGCUUGCAACGAAUGUAAACGACGGAAGAUCAAGUGCAACGGCCAAACCCCAUGCGCACGAUGCGGCACUAUGCAGCUGGAGUGUCUUUACGCCCCUACUUGCUGCAACAGCAACUUCAGGGAUUCAGAGGACUUCAAAAGUAUGAGCGCACACAUAGCCUCUCUACAAGAACAAGUGGACGCUCUUUAUGCCGGCCUUACUUCUCUACGCCAACAAGUUGAUACCGCAAUCCCACCGGUUGGCGACCCAUCAUUCUCGGGACCGAGCAACCCUUACCCCAUGGCUAUUCCUCAGAACCCGGUCAUACCGACAUCCCCAGCCCCCGAUCGGAGGCAGUCGCACCGCCUGCCCAGGUUUCAGGGCCCAACGAGCUCGGCCUUCAAUCUCGGCGUAGCAAAGUCCAGCCUGCAGACAAUGGGCAUCACAAGCCCGGGGGAAGACGUGGAGGAAGCUCUGGCGACUCAAGACGCGACGCCAGCUGCCAGCCCGCCCCUGUCGAGCACUUUACGCCUCGAUCCGAGCUUGCACGCUGACAAGGAUCCUCUGUGGUCGUUGACGAGAGAGGAGACCGCACGGCUCUGUCAUGUCUGGGACGACGAGAUGGGCCAUAUGUACCCGAUAGUGGAUAUCAACGAGAUUAUUCGGCAUGCACAGCGGCUCUAUACUUUCAUGGAAGCAGCGAGGAGGACUGGACUCAUCCAGGCGGCUAUGCCGGGUGCAGAUGCCAUCGGGGAUGAACAGACUAGCAUGCUGAGGCUGAUAUUGGCCAUUGCGCUAACCGUGGAAGGAUCCGGUAAAAGCGAGUUGGGCAAGAGACUGUGUGAGACUGACACGCGUACGCAGCUGCUUGCGCCAGUGGACCUGGAUGGAAUCAGGAUGCUGGUGCUCACUGCCAUGUACCACUUCCAUCGUGACGACGAGAGUAUGGCGUGGCGUGUUUUGGGUUUUGCGGCGCGAUUGUGUAUGGAACUUGGCCUGCACCGUCGGGAGACCUAUAGCACCAUGUUCACCGAUGAUGAGGAACGUCAGCACGCCAUCAGGCUCUUUUGGUCCAUCUACGUACUUGACCGUCGGUGGAGCUUUGGAACGGGCUUGCCAUUCGCGCUGCAAGACGCAGAUAUCGAUUUACUGCUGCCGAAACCGAAUGACGCUACUCCCUACCUGACAUCGAUGGUCGCCUACAGUCAAAUUGGCUCUAAGGUAUGGAAAUCUAUUGCUAAGGGAUCUUCCUUGCAUACGCAAAUCUCCGAGUCAGAGAUGGGCUUUCUCGACUACCAAGUCGUGCAAUGGCACCGCAACAUUCCCGACUCUCUUAAAUACACUGGCGGACAGUCGCUCGAGCCGACUGAUAAAGCUCUGCGCCGCCUAAGCAUACUACUGUACCUUCGCGCUAAUCAGAUGCGGAUCCUCAUCUACCGCCCGGUGCUGCACACGGCAGCAAGGAUUGUGGAGAGCCCGGGCUUCGCGCAAACAGUGGUGGACGUGGCCAAAGACACAGUACGCGUCCUAACGCACACAAAUCAAACCUCGGACAUAUACCGCACGCAGCAAGUGUGCUUCCACUACUUUUUGAUCUCUGCCCUGGCGGUGCUAUUCCUUGCCGUUUCACACGCACCAGCACAGUUCUCGGAUAUCUGCCGCGAUGAGUUCUACAUGGCGCUCGAGCUCGUGCGUGGUCUUUCCGCAGACAGCUACGUGAGCAAGAGGCUAUGGCGGAGUCUUCGGCAGCUCAAGGACGUGGGACCUAAGAUUGGACUGAAAGUAGGCAGCGGCAACCUUGAUGCUCACGACGCCCACUCGAACGCUGCAGUCGCUAUGGCGGGACUGGCAGGCCACCAGGUCGACGAGACGACUAUCUUCCACACGCAAACCAAUAACGGCGGUUAUUAUCAGCUGGGCAACAGCCCAAACGGCAUGGCGGACGAUCUCACGACGCUUUUUGAGGCUGCGGGAGGGUUCUCUGUUUCAAAUCCGUCGUAUUUGGUGCCGAACGGCUAUGCGGGCGACUGGAACAUGGCUACGGGGGCUGGCGCGGGAACAGAUAUCUGGCAAGGCUGGCUAGGAGGGGAGGACGGGCUGAGCGGCCUCAUGAGUAGUCUGUUCUAG